AUGACAGCUACAGGUACAGAAAUUGUCAACUGCAGGUACAGAAUGUAUCAAUUACAGAUCCAAAAUCUGAAGGUUAUUUAUGGAUCAGGAUCUAUAAUGCAAGGUCUUCUUCCAUCAGUGAUAUGUGAAGAGGACCCCUCACCACAAAACCCUACUGAUGGGCUUUUGGCCGUGUCCGACCGAGCGGUCAGUUCCGUGCUUGUCCGUGAAGAAGCUAAGGGAAUUCAGAAGCCGAUCUACUACGUGAGCAAAGCUCUUCAAGGAGCAGAGCUGAGGUACACAAAAUUUGAGAAGACCGCGUUGGCGCUCUGGGUGACGGCCAGAAGACUUGCAGCUUACUUCCAAGCUCACCCGAUAGUAGUGCUAACCGAUCAACCGUUGGGGACGAUCCUCAGGAAUCCAACAUCAUCAAGGCGAUUGAUCAAAUGGGCCAUGAUGCUCACCCAGUUCGCGAUUGAGUAUAAGCCCCGUCCUGCCAUCAAGGGUCAAGCAUUGGCUGAUUUCAUCGUCGAAUGCACCGCAUGCGAUCCGGAACCUGACCGACCGACUGCCCUAGAAGAACCAUGGUGGGAAGUUUCUACUGAUGGGUCGUCAAGUCUUCUUCCAUCAGUGAUAUGUGAAGAGGACCCCUCACCACAAAACCCUACUGAUGGGCUUUUGGCCGUGUCCGACCGAGCGGUCAGUUCCGUGCUUGUCCGUGAAGAAGCUAAGGGAAUUCAGAAGCCGAUCUACUACGUGAGCAAAGCUCUUCAAGGAGCAGAGCUGAGGUACACAAAAUUUGAGAAGACCGCGUUGGCGCUCUGGGUGACGGCCAGAAGACUUGCAGCUUACUUCCAAGCUCACCCGAUAGUAGUGCUAACCGAUCAACCGUUGGGGACGAUCCUCAGGAAUCCAACAUCAUCAAGGCGAUUGAUCAAAUGGGCCAUGAUGCUCACCCAGUUCGCGAUUGAGUAUAAGCCCCGUCCUGCCAUCAAGGGUCAAGCAUUGGCUGAUUUCAUCGUCGAAUGCACCGCAUGCGAUCCGGAACCUGACCGACCGACUGCCCUAGAAGAACCAUGGUGGGAAGUUUCUACUGAUGGGUCGUCAACUCCUGAAUACGUGUCCAAGAUUGCACGCAUUGAAGAAAUUGAAGCGCCAAGCAUUGAUGUCAUAGAAGUCCGAUCGGUUGAGAUAGGCGAGCCAGAUUGGAUGUACGACUUGAAGACGGUUGAGAUAGGCGAGCCAGAUUGGAUGUACGACUUGAAGAAUUACAUCGCCAACGAGCCAGAUUGGAUGUACGACUUGAAGAAUUACAUCGCCAACGGCACUCUACCGGACGACUCCUCCCGGGCAAAGAAAGUUAAGUUAAGGGCACCAUGUUUCCAAUUGGUUGAUGAUAGGCUCUACAAAAGAUCAUACGGCGGACCGCUUCUCCGGUGUUUAACCAGCGACGAGGCAAAAGUUGUGAUGGAAGAAGUUCAUGAGGGGAUUUGUUCUGCUCAUCAAUGA